ACGUCAGGCCUGCUCUUCUCUAGCCUUUGGGGACAGGAAGAAGAAGACUUUGUUCCAGACACCAACUCGAGUUAGGGACAACAUUAAUUUAAGAGAUUUUUGUUGCUCUUUUACCCUGCCAUCAACAGGCUUUGAGAGGAGGCAUUCUUGCAGCCAGCAGGAGACAACAACAAUGAAGUGGGCCUGGGUGUUUUUAGGGAUUUUCCUCUCUUUGGGGGCCAGUGCCUGGGGGGAGAAGGGCUUGGAGAUCCCUGAGUAUGACGGUAAAGACCGCGUCCAUGAACUGAGUGCCAAGAACUACAAGUCCAUCAUGAAGAAGUAUGACGUGAUGGUGAUCUACUACCACAAAAAUGUUGAUGGGAACCGCAGUGCCAUGAAGCAGUUUCAGAUAGAGGAGCUUGCCCUGGAGCUUGCAGCCCAAGUUCUGGAUGAUCUUGAUGAUGAGGACAUUGGAUUUGGAUUGGUGGAUGAAAAGAAAGAUGCUGCUGUUGCCAAGAAGCUUGGUCUGGAUGAAGUGGAGAGCAUCUACAUCUUUGCUGAUAAUGAGAUUAUUGAGUAUGAUGGAGAGCUGGCCGCCGACACCCUGGUUGAGUUUCUUUAUGAUGUGAUUGAAGACCCCGUAGAGAUCAUUGGCAAUGACCGUGAGCUGAAAGGUUUCUACAACAUGGACGAGGUCAUCAGGCUUGUUGGAUAUUUCAAGAGUGAAAAAUCUCCUCAUUACAUUGAAUAUGAAGAUGCUGCUGAGGAGUUCCACCCUUUCAUCAAAUUCUUUGCAACAUUUGACCCCAAGAUUGCCAAGAAGCUGAAACUGAAGAUCAAUGAAGUUGAUUUCUAUGAGCCAUUUAUGGAUGAACCUGUUCCCAUUCCUGGAAAGCCCUACAUCGAGUCAGAGCUCGUUGAAUUCAUUGAGCAGCAUGACAGGCCCACUCUAAGAAAGCUUGAACCUCACAGCAUGUAUGAGAUCUGGGAGGACGACAUUGAUGGAGAACACAUCGUUGCCUUUGCUGAGGAGGAUGACCCAGAUGGCUUUGAAUUCCUGGAGAUUCUCAAGGAAGUGGCACGUGAGAACACUGAUAACCCUAACCUCAGCAUCAUCUGGAUUGAUCCUGACAAAUUCCCUCUGCUGGUUCCAUACUGGGAAAAAACCUUCCGCAUUGACCUCUCUUCUCCUCAGAUUGGUGUAGUUGAUGUUGAGGAUGCCGACAGCGUGUGGAUGGAAAUGGAUGAUGACGAUGACAUGCCAACAGCAGAUGAGCUGGAAAAGUGGAUUGAGGACGUUCUCUCUGGAAAGAUCGAUCCAGAUGAUGACGAUGAAGAUGAGGAUGACGACGAUGAUGAUGAUGAUGAUGACGACGACGAUGAUGACGAUGAUGAUGACGAUGACGACGACGAUGAUGACGAUGAUGAUGACGAUGACGAUGAUGACGAUGAUGAUGACGAUGAUGAUGACGACGACGAUGAUGAUGAUGAUGAAUAAAUGUUUUCCACCAUCUUUCAUUUCACUCUGAUUAAGCUGCUAAUGGCAGAACACAAACGUAGUACCAGUUUUUCUAACAUCGUGCGGUGGCCAUACUCUGCUUCCUGCAGGUUUCCUAUUGGGGACAAAGGUUAUGACCUUAUGGGGAACUUUAUGAUGUCAGUUAGGAAAGGAGAUUUUCAGAGAUGCAGAGAAUUAGCCUUUGUUGAUGAACAGAUUGCAGAUUAAAAUGUUACAGUUAGACUGUAUGUCCUUUUUGCUGAUGACAUUUAUUUUUCAUAAUGAAUGUGAGUAUAGCGGCAACCUAAUGUUACCGGCUGUGGUUCACCCAUUUCUCAUUUUCUCUAGUACACUGUAAUCCUGUUUCUAAUGACAUGUUUUCUACUUGAAGAGAAGAAACACUUUCUUGUACAAUUUUUAAAGAAAAUAAAGGUAAAGAUACUCAA